AUGGCGAUCCCACUCGAUUUGAGCCUGCCCACAGCUCUCAUUCUGGUCGAUAAUCAAGCUGCCUUUUCCGACCCCGCGACCCAGUCUUUUUGGGGCAACGGACGAUCCAACCCGCUCUAUGAGACCAACAUCCAGGCCCUCAUCUCCGCCUUCCGCACCGCACGAGAGGCAUCUCCAACCCUCCUGGAGGUGAUCCAUGUGUUCCAUUCUUCCACUACCUCAGGAUCGCCUCUUCAUCCCUCUCAUCCGGGCCAAGGUAUACGCCCGCUGGACUUCGCGACCCCGCCCUCAGAUGGCUCGGAGCCUGUCUUCUGGAAGUCUGUCAACUCUUCCUUUAUCGGUACGGGGCUUGAAGCCCACCUGCGCGAGAAGGGAUUCCGCCAAGUCAUCUUUGCAGGCCUGACGACUGAUCACUGUGUCUCGACAACUGUCCGUAUGGCGGCUAACUUGGGCGUUGUGGAUCGCUACCUUGAAGAAGGCCCCGUGAAGCUAGGAUCCGACGGAAGACAUCUUAAGGAAGUUAGUGUUGACAGAGGACGCAUUAUUCUCGUGUCUGAUGCCACUGCGACGUAUGGAAAGGGUGAAUUCGAUGCUGAGACCGUACACAAGGUUUCUGUUGCCAGCCUCGAUGGCGAGUUUGCGGACGUUAUUGGAACCGAGGAGGCUGUGAAGGCCCUGCGAAGUGUCAGGAGUUGA